UAGCUAGAACAGAAGAGUUGGGUUUGUGGGUUGUUGCCACCUGCAUUGAUAACUUUGUUAAAAUCAGUAAAAAUAUACCAGCUAUAUUUUAUGAAAUGCUGCAUAUUUAGACUGGAAUAAAAUGAAGUGUCUUGUAUUAGCUCAAUAAUGUGGAGAAAAACCGCUAGCUUAGGCUACAGACGCUACUAAUUUGUGUUUUUAAAACUCAAGAUUUGUAAGAGUGGAUUGGGCUAUAUUUCCAAUCCGCAGACAAUGUUUUGGUGUAUGUCAUAUCAUUAGACAUACUGAAAGGAAUGAAUCCGUUUUAUAAUACGAGUAUAUUUGCAUAGUUUCAGGUUUUUUUAUCAAAAACACUUUACGGGUCGGAUAGUCAUUAUGUUUUAUAGUACUCUUGAUACAAAAUUUCGUAAGUGUACUUGGACCGUUCGUGACUUCAAUGAGUGUUUUAUGUCUGUAAAGAAACUAUUCCACAAAUUGUCCAAUGGGCCAUUGUCUCAGUUGUUUCGAAAAUCAAGCUAAUGCUGAUGUCACAGCUUCCCAUAGAAAUAAAGAUGAUAUGACAGAGAUUGUAGCUUCCCACCAGGUGCCUGCUGUUACUAUUACUGAUUAUCUACAAGGAGUGCCACUACUGCCUGACAAUGACAACACUGUGAACAAUUGCCGCUAUGCUAGUAAUAUGAAUAAUGAUAACAUAAUAAAUACUUUUGGAGAAACAUGUUCUACAGAAAUGGUAAACUCACAGAAGCCAUACACUGACAAGGUGCCUAAACCUUUCUAUCAAAAGUUACCCUCGAUUCCGAGAACAAUGUCCUCAUUGGCUUCAUGUGAACCUCGGACCUCAGAAUCAAAGAUAAAUCAGUUGUUUGACCAAUAUAAGGACUCAUUGGAAGAUGCCAUCCUUGCAGAAGGCAUUGAAAAUCUUUGUAAUGAUUUACAAUUAAAUCCAGAUGAUUUUAAGGUCCUUGUACUGGCUUGGAAAUUAAAUGCUAGUCAAAUGUGUAGAUUCACAAAAACAGAGUUCAUACAAGGAUUAAAGAAUAUGAAAACAGACUCAAUUAAAGGUAUACAGCAUAAACUAAAUGAGGUUAUUAGUGACUUGAACAGAGAAUCUGAGCAGUUUAAGGACUUGUAUAGAUUUACAUUUAAAUUUGGGUUGGACGUGAGCACUGGUCAAAGAAUUCUACCAUCAGAUAUAGCUAUUUUGCUCUGGAGGUUGGUAUUUACAAACAAUGAGCCUCCCAUACUUGAUCGCUGGCUUAGUUAUUUAGAAAAGAACACUCACAUCAGAGGGAUCCCCAAGGACACAUGGUACAUGUUCUUGAACUUUUGUGAAUUUGUGGGUGAUGAUCUCAGCAGCUAUGAUGACACGGAGGCUUGGCCAAGUCUCUUUGAUGAUUUUGUAGAACAUGAAAAUGAUCAAGUUAAUCAAAAUGUCACAAAGAAUGACAUCAAAAUACAGGAUUGAAUUCCUACAUUUGCCAAAAUAUAGUAUAAGUACUUAAUGAAAGAUUAUUGAUAUUAAAGAGACUGAUAUAUCCUGUAUUGGUUAAUACAUUAAUUUUUGUGGAUGAAUUAUGAUCAUGCAGCUUGGAUCUGUAGUAAAUCAUUGAUGUAUUUUGAGAAUGUCUUGUGUUAUAUAUUAAAAGAGAAUUUUUUUUAUUGGUGAGUUAUAACUUAUAAGGUCAUUGUGACUAAGGUUUUCUGUAUUAAUUUAUUAUAAUGUUAUUUAGACCAGUUCCUGGAAAUAUAAGCCAUAUAGUGAUCACACUCAUUUGCAAAGUUUUUGUGUCAAAUAUUAACAUCAUUUUUAUUUUGGUACCUGGCUAUAAAAGAAUACAUUUUUUGUAAAUAUAUUGCUAUAUUUUUACAUGAUAGUUGUGGUUGAUUUUCAAGUACAUAGUGUAAAAGUUUUGUAAAGAUAUGACAUUCCAUGUUGGAAUUUUAUUAUUUGAUGGAAUAAGCCAUAUUCUAACGUCCCUAAUUCAUUGUAGCUUCAGUUCAGAAAUCAGCGGUACUCAACUAGCGGCCAAUUUUUGCGCCAGGUGAUCCUGGUAAAGAUGCAUAACCUUGAUCUUAACAUCACCUUCUUCGGCUUGGGGCGUCUCAUUAAAAAAGGUUGAAUACCGCUGGUUCAGGUGGUCUACUUUGUCUGCAGAGCUAGUCUCUAUUACAUGCAUUUUGUCCAUUUCAAAAGCCAUCGAAUGUUACCACACAAAUCAUUGCACAAACAAAUUUCUUGGCAUGAGGUAGCAAAAGAUGCCUGUAAACAAUCAUUGUCUUGCUGCAGAUAUAUAUGAAGUUCCAUAUUUAAUAUUUUAGUUAGUGUAUCAUUCAAGUAAAAAAUAUUUAAAUACAAAUUUAGUUUUUCCUAUUUUUCAAAUUUAGUUUCUCUAUUUUUGAAGAAAUAAUGUCGAAAGUGGUAAACCACUUUCUUGGCUGACUGUACAAGGACAUUACGUUGCCAGUAUAAAAUAUUGUAAGUAUAGAGUUUUCUCAGAAUAUGAGUAUAAUCGAUUAAACAAUUUUUCUGUCGGUUAA